UGUCCCAAUGGCUGGGACCCGGGUGCUGGCUGGUGCUGGACAUUUUCGGACACGAUUCCGAUUUUUCCCCGGUGCCAUGGCGAGAUUUCAUGGCGCAGGUGACGACUUGCCGGGCCAAGCUGCGCUGGCACUUGAACAUCUAUGCCCGCACGUGCACGAGACACUUCUGCAAGGUGCCAAAGCAGCACCAGCCAGCCCGUGCAGCAAAAGGCGACGUGGUGAGCUGCAAUGUCUUGAUGCGCGCUGUAGAAUGGCAGAGGGCCGUCUCCAUCUUCAGCAGCAUGGAACACCGGACGCUGGUCAGCUUCAACUCAGUCAUCAGCACUCUGAGUCAGAGCGCUCGCUGGCAAGAGGCCAUUGCUUUCUUUGACCUCAUUGCGUGCCGCCGGCUUCAACCUGAUGUGAUUAGCUACAACUCCACCAUCAGCGCAUGUACCAGAGGAGGUCGGUGGCAGCUGUCGCUGGCCUUGUUCCACGCCGUGCCAAGUUGGGACCAGGUCAGCUACAACGCCGCCAUGCGCGCCUGUUCGAGCGCCAUCGCCUGGCAAGACGCCCUGGGCCUCUUCGCGGAGCUCCGAAGCCGAAGCCUCGGAGCUUCCACGUCCAGCGUCAACGCUGCGAUCGGCGCCUGCGGCAAAGCGGAGGAGUGGCAAAGAGCGCUGCAGCUUUUCUGGGACAUGAGCGCCUGGAGUGUGGAACCAGACCUCAUCAGCUACAACUCCACACUGAGCGCCCUCAAAUCAUCACCCGCCCAGACCUCCCAGCUCUGGGCACAUAUGGCCAAACAAGGACGACCUGACCUGGUGAGCUUCAAUGCGCUGCUGGCAUCGCAGCACUGGGUGGAUGCUCUGCAGACCUUCGCCCAACUGCCUCUCUACCGCCUAGCGCCUGACCGCUUCACCAUCUCCACCCUGAUCUCGCGCUGCUCGAGCUCCGCGUGGCGGACUGCUCUGAAGCUUCUGGUUCACAUGGAUGUGCCCGACCUCACCUGUCACAAUGCCACGCUGACCGCCUUGGGCCGCGCGGCACGGUGGCAGCACUCCGCGCUGCUGCUUUUCGGGGAUUGGAGCGUGCGGCCGGAUGUCAUAAGCUACAACGCCGCCAUCGACGCCUUUGAGAAGGGCACGCAGUGGCAGCUGGCCAUGCACUGCUUCAGUCUCCAUGAGAAGCCCAAUGAGAUCAGCUUCGGGGCAGGCAUCAGCGCCUGCGAGAAGGGUGGGCAGUGGCAAAGCGCCUUGGCGCUGCUGCGACAGAUGGGCCGAAAGCAGCUGCGACCAGGUCUGGUGGUCUACAACGCAGCCAUCAGCGCCUGCGAGAAGCUGAGCCAGUGGCAGAGCGCUCUAAGCCUCUUUAGGGCCAUCCCUCUGCCUGACACCUUCAGCUUCGUGGCAGUGAUCAGCGCCUGUGAGAAGGCCACCCUCUGGCAAUCCGCCCUGCACUUCCUCCGCGUCUUUCGAAAGACUCGAGAAGAGCAAAGCGCGGCGCCCAAAGCGCGCGGAAAAAGCGGCGCGCUCUGA